AUGCAAUUGGGGGAAUCGAGCAGCAGUGAGAGAAGGAAGCAAAGAACCUUACUUUUGGAAAUAAAGGGUUUCUCUCUUCUUCUUCUCCUCCUCCUCCUCUUUCGUUUUGAUUCAUCAAUUCAUCAUCAUCCGUACCUCCUACCCUUGUUUGUUCGUUUCAUUUUCAUUUCAGUUUGUUCAUCUUUCAGCGUAAUCAUAUUCACCAGUUCCUGAAUCAGUAAACGAAUUUUGGUGGAAACAACUGGAAUUUUUGGUGGAAGUAAAGAAUUACGGCUAGAUAGAUAGUAAAAUGGAGGUGGAGGAGAGUAUCGAGUGUGAAUCGUACGCCAUGGAAGAUGAAGAGAUUCCUUCUCACCAUCCACCAAGCCUUCACGUUAGUCAGUUCUCUACUAAGCCUCGCAACAAUGUCGCCGCCCCUGCCACUAGCGUCCACGAAUUGCUCGAGUGUCCGGUCUGCACCAGUUCUAUGUAUCCUCCAAUUCAUCAGUGUCAUAAUGGACAUACGCUUUGUUCAACCUGUAAAACAAGAGUACACAAUCGAUGCCCUACUUGUAGACAAGAACUAGGUGAUAUUCGUUGUCUUGCUCUCGAGAAAGUAGCGGAAGCACUUGAGCUUCCUUGCAGGUACUGUUCAUUAGGAUGCCCGGAAAUAUUUCCUUACUACACUAAACUCAAGCACGAAUCAGUUUGCAACUUCAGACCUUAUAAUUGCCCUUAUGCUGGUUCUGAUUGCUCUGUUACUGGAGACAUACCUUAUCUGGUUACACAUUUAAGCCAUGAUCACAAGGUGGAUAUGCACACUGGAUGCACAUUCAAUCAUCGUUAUGUUAAAUCCAACCCCCGUCAAGUCGAGAAUGCCACCUGGAUGCUAACUGUUUUCAAUUGUUUUGGUCAAUACUUCUGCCUACAUUUCGAAGCAUUCCAGCUUGGCAUGGCUCCAGUAUACAUGGCAUUUCUGCGGUUCAUGGGAGACGAGUCAGAGGCUCGAAACUAUAGUUACAGCCUUGAGGUUGGUGGGAAUGGCAGGAAACUGGUAUGGGAAGGGACCCCGAGGAGCACAAGAGACAGCCAUAAGAAGGUGAGAGACAGCCAUGACGGUCUCAUCAUACAACGAAACAUGGCACUCUUCUUCUCUGGCGGGGAUAGGAAAGAGCUCAAGCUUAGAGUUACAGGACGGAUAUGGAAAGAACAACACCACCACCAUAAUCCUUCCGAUGCUGCUGCUGCUUCAUCUGUUGUUUGUAUACCUAAUCUCUAUACUUGAUCAACAAAUGUUUGAUUGUUUGUUUGUUGUUUCAUCGUAAUCCUAUCAUAUUAUAUCCUUACUUAAUGUUGUUGUAAGCUUAAUUUGAGAAUGAUAAUGUUAUUUUGCUGCGGAAAAUGCGUGUUUGCUGUUGAGUUGGGGUUAUUUUCAAAUAACCUUGAUUGAUGUGGGUAUUGAAAAUUAA